UAUGUAGCACACCACCCACCAUCGAUUGUCUCCGCAACACAAGUACCAUGCAUCGAACCACCGAGUCCACUAGAAAUUUUGCUGCCACCGCUCUUUGAUGCACUACUCUUCAAGCGCCAAGGUGAUGAGCAAUUUGCCGGUACCAACGAUUCCCCCCUCCCAUAUUUUGACCCAUCAAACAAUGUCGUUGUUGUCGUCAUUGCUAAACUCGUCACUCAAGCGUGUCCAACUUUUCUCGACUCUUCCAUUGCCGCGUUCUCGGGGAUUGCCGUAGACGGAGAGACUCAUGCUGGUCUAGUGAAGAUAAGUCUUAUCGCGGACUCCGAUGUCGGUCUCCUACACUUGGCCAUCUUGAUAUGCUAUAACAGAUCCCAAGACAUUAGUCUACGGGCUAUUCAAAAUGCAAUGUAGCUUUAUCGUGAUUUCCUGCCCCGAAGUUUUGUAGGCCAGAGUGGGGUGGAAAAUGGUGUAUGGAAUGCUUGGUAUAUGUAGAUAGGAAUAUGUUAUCCAGCGAUGCGGUCAGAGAAGGUUCUGUGAUAAAGCUUCAAUGGUAGCUGACUAUAGACUUUGAUCAUUUCUCAUUGCAUCAGCAUGAUAUAUACCGGCGUAUUAAGUGUUGUUGCAACAGCAACGAGCAUACUGCCAACGGUAUUCGCCAGUAACAGUCCUCCUUUCCCAGUUUCUCGAUGUCAAGGACUAGAUAUUGAAGAUGCGCCUAUCGCAAAGCUACAAGGUUACAUGACCGAGGGUCGCUUGACUAGCCAUGAUUUAACAGCGUGUUACAUUAAGAGAAUUGCAGAGACAAAUGAGCAUCUACGAUCUGUGAGCGAGCUGAACCCAGAUGCCCUCAAUAUCGCAAGAUCCCUAGACGAGGAACGAGCACGAGGUCAGCUUCGUGGCCCGAUGCACGGGAUACCGUUCCUCGUGAAAGACAACUACUACACCAAUGAUAAACACAAUACAAGCGAGGGUACUCUGGUGCUCCUCGGCGGUAAGUACAUCCGUGAAGCCACGGCAGUCACAAAGGUUCGCGCGGCUGGGGGCGUGUUACUUGGACAUGCUACCAUGUCUGAAGCAGCCGACCAUCGUGCCCUGACAAAGUAUGCCAGCGGCUACUCGAGUCGUACGGGGCAAGGGAGAAACAUCUACAACUUGACCCAGCCUACUGCGGGUAGUAGUAGUGGUUCCGUGAUUGCAGUCAGAAGCAACCAAGUCCCUAUAGCUUUGGGAUCAGAGACAUAUGGCUCUCUUGUACAUCCUGCUGGCCAACUUGGGCUGUACACCGUCAAAUCAACUCCUGGUCUCCAGUCCCGACACGGUAUUGUGACGGGGAGUUAUUGGCAUGAUACUCCUGGAACACUGGCGCACUCAAUCGCCGAUGUAGGGUUGCUCCUCGACAUCAUGAGCGGCCCGGAUCAAUACGACAACUUGACCUUUGAAUCAGUAGGAAGAAUCUCGGAGGAUGGCUAUGCGAGUAAGGUUGCAGGCAAAGAGGCUUUGAAAGGCAUGAAGUUUGGUAUUCCGUGGGACCCUUAUUGGUCGACCAACUCCCAUAUAAACAGUCCUGGGAUAAGGGAAGUGUAUGACGCUCGACUUGAAGAGCUCAAGGGUGCUGGGGCAGAAAUUUACAACAUCACAAAAAAACCAUUUGCUGCCAUUGCCAGUCCAUAUGGGGCAGGCCACCCAGCCGACAUACCACCAGAGUUCAACCAUGCGACCGCUUUUGCCACGCUCCUAGCAGCUGGCUACGCAGAGUGGCUUCGCGAUUGGGAAUUUCCAAUCGACGAUGAUCGCUACGGCAUGAGCACCCUAGCAGAAAUGGCGGCCUGGAACCGAGCGCACAAUGACACGACAGGAGCGCUUGGUAACGGCACCUGGUGGUGGGACACCGAGACAGGACAAAGCUUCUACGACGCCGGCAUGGCGACAAAUGGAACCCUCGGGGAAGCUUUCUGGACAGCGUUUGGCUGGGGUCGCUUCACGGCUCGACAAGCCAUAGACUCGGCGCACGUUCACGUCUUGGAGGACGGAACGCUCGUGGAACUCGACGCGCUACUCAUGCCGAAUGGGAGGAACGGUGGGUACGGGAACGCGUGCGCACCACUUCCGUCAUACGCAGGAUAUCCUGUUGCAUCGGUACCCAUUGGCCUGGAUGGAUAUUCCACGCCUUUUGCCUUUGGUAUCUAUGGAAGGCAGUGGAGUGAGGGCUCGCUGAUCAAGGUUUCUUCGGCGAUGGAGGACCUGUUCCAUUGGAAUGAGAAGCCAUUGUGGCAUAACGUUGACACUGCUGCAGGCCCUUGGGAUGCACCAUGGCCAGGUUAUACAUGCUCCAUGGAGAGUCUGGAUCGGUCGUCUUGCGAGGAGGUUGUUGGAGAAUAG